AUGCGGUCGUUAAAAGGGACGACGACAGGGAGCGAUCUCUUCACGGAGGUAAAUGCGUGUAUGGACACGUUGGGACCGAAAUGGGACAGACUGGCAGGUGUCACCACGGACGGUUGUCCACAUCUUACAGGAAAAAAUGUCGGACUUUUAAAACGUAUGCAGGAUAAAAUGGCUGAAACUGACCCAGAUCAGAAAUUGGUAUUUUUACACUGUAUUAUACACCAACAUGUGUUGUGCAAAUCAGUGCUAAAAAUGAACCAUGUUAUUGAUGUUGUUACUAAAAUAGUAAACUUCAUCAGGGCGCGGGCACUGAAUCACAGACAGUUUGUAACACUUCUGGAGGAGCACGACAGUGAACAUAGUGACAUUGGCUCCCACACUUCUGUCGGAUGGCUCAGCCUGGGCAAAGUGCUAAAAAGACUCUGGGACCUGAAAGCACAAAUUCGAGAGUUUUGUGAGACGAAAGGCAAAGACAUCCCAGAGCUUUCAGUUGAGGACUGGAUGGCAGAUUUUGCAUUUGCUGUUGAUGUGACUGCACUGAUGAACAAACUGAACACCAAGCUGCAAGGCAAGGGCCUUUUUGUUCAUGAAAUGCUCAGCCUGGUGAAGGCUUUCAUGAGAAAGAUACAGUUUCUUUCAAGACAACUGCAGAGCAACACUCUCACUCACAUGCAAACCCUGAAAGAAGUCACACCAUCAGCUGAUAACCUCUGCAGGUACUCAUCCAUGUUAGGAGCAUUGCACGGUGAGUUUUCAAGGCGAUUUGAGGAUCUCAGAACAAUGGAGGAUGAAAUGCACAUGAUUUCCUCUCCCUUUACCUGCAGUGUGGAUGAUGCACCCAGUGAUGUUCAGCUGGAACUCAUUGACCUGCAGUCUGAUGUAGGACCGGCAGAGCACUUUAAGUCAGGAUCUCUGCUGGAUUUCUACUCUUCUCUCAAGGAGGAGAACUUUCCAAACAUUAGGAGACACACUCAGAAGAU